GUGAGACCUGGUCAACCGUAGAGCAUUCUGGGUUUUGUAGGAGAAACUCUGAAAGGCUUUGCUCAAGCGUAUUGUAAAUGAGGCGCUACCGAAACUACUAAUCCCUAGCAGAUUUGUGAAUGAUAUGUGCAGUGUUUUAGCUACCGAAUCUGAGGAUGAGCACCCAUCGGAUGCGGGUUGCCAAGGACUAAUUUACCCCGAAGACAUGAAACUCAGACAGUAAUCGAUCACCCCGAGGACGUGAACACUAGCCGACCAUGCCGGUGGGGCUCGGGACUACUAUGGCGUGUGAGGCCGAUAGUGCCUCCCUUGAGACCAAAUUCGAUGCUGCUGUCAGAGUGAUACGGAGCUUGUCUGAAGACGGUCCGUACCAGCCCUCGGAUGACAUGAUGAUGAUGUUCUACAGCUACUACCAGCAGGUUACCUGUGGGCCCUGCUGCAGGCCCCGGCCAGCUGGCUUCUGGGACACUGCUGGCAAGGCCAAAUGGGACGCGUGGCGGUCGCUAGGGGAGAUGACCAGGGAGGAGGCGAUGGCGGCGUAUGUAGAUGACAUCCAGCUGAUUCUGGAAACACUCCCGAUGACGGAGGAGGUGUCAGCUCUGCUGGAGCUCCUGGGGAACUUCUACGAGGAGGUGGAGGGAGGCGCGGAGGAGGAGGAAGAGGAGGAGGAAGACAAGAGACCUUUCACCAGGCCUUUUGCGUCCGCUUCAGUGGGGUUCGGAGGGCCUACUGACAAGCCGCUGAUGGAAGGAUUUGGGGAUCUGUGGGAUGCACUGCAGAACCCCACUGAGGAGCUCACGACAGCAGGAAGUGAUGUCACUGGCGUAGUUUGGAAUGGUGUAGAGAGCCAAUCAGCAGUGAGCGAGGAGGAGGAGACCAAGGUGGAAGGCAAGGAGGGGAGCAGUGAUGCUGCUGAUGGUGAUGAUGAUGAUGAUGGUGAUGAUGAGGAGGAUGAGAGUGAUGAAGAUGCAGAGGAACAUCUGCAGGAGGAGGACAGAGUUCCAGGAGGGAGGCCUGAUCCUCGUCUCCUGAGGGUGGAGGACUGGCGCUGGAGGUCGGGGUUCAGACUGACCAACGGCAUCGCGGCUCCUAGUGUGUCCUCCGCCACCAACGGGACGCACAGUUCCCUGAACAGCGAGGUGGAGGAGGAGGAGCUGGCCUGCUCCGGAGGCCCCUCACAGGGCCCCUGGCACAGGCACCUCAACGGACACCUCAGCGAUCCCAGAGACGCUGAGCUGAUCCACCGUGGUGACUCAGACAACGAGGAGUUCUGUGACUCCAUGGAGCAUCUGGCCAUGGACCAGGCCUCCAGGUCAACCAGGCUGCCCUCCUCUGGGAGUGUGAAGAGUAGGGGCCUGGAGCUGGAAGACACCACCAGGACCCGGGCAUGGGGGGACCCCCCCUGUGAGUCAGGACUUGGUACGGACCGCCCCGACAACUCCUCGUCACAGAAAGAAACAGUCCCAGGCUUAGAGUCCCCGAGUAUGAGCCACAGCUCUCAGCUCUGCUGCGGUUCGGAGGCUGUCACCGGCGGCAACCUGGAUGUGCAGAUCGCCAUGGCGCUGAGGAGGCUGCAAGAGGACAUGUGCUCGGUGCUCCAGAGACUGGACAACCUGGAGGUGUUGACGGAAACACAGACCAGAUUGCUGUCUGUGAGACUCAGAGACUCUGGCCCCCCACUGCUGAUCACACAGAGACCCUCAUGGUGGCCCUUGCACCUGUCCCCUGUUGCCGUGGCGUUCACCACAGUCUGGCCUCUGUUCGCCCAUUGGCUGGUUUGGCUGUUCCUGCAGAGGAGGAAGAGGAGAAAAAUCAGUUGAGGAAAUAGGAAUGUUCGUCGAAGCUCAGCGAGGCUGUCGCACCUUUACCUGGUAGUCUGCUAAGCGGGGGAGGAGCCAGGAGCCAGCUGGGUGGGGGAGGAGUCA